AUGCAACUGUCUCUUCUUUUCGUUGCCGCCCCUGCAGCGCAGGCUUUAGUUUCCUACAUGGCAGCCGUCCCCGAGUCCCUCAUGGCUUUGUCAAACUCGGGUGACUGUACACUACCCGAUGACUUCCAGAUCCAACAGUUCUCAGCUCAGUCACCAGAUGGUCAGACAAUAGACUCUUUAGACUUUACCUUCAACGACGACAGCACAAUCCUCAAAACGCAAUGUCAUCUCAACGCCUCUUCUGUGCCAGUGUCGGAUGAUGGGCGGACUGCCAGGUAUAGCUGUGACAACCAGCUUGUGCAGUUCAUCUGGCAGAACGAGACUAUCACUGUUAUCGAGAAGGUUUGCCCUGGCGAAGAUGGUGCUGCCGAUUAUGAGGCUUCCGGAACGGCCUCCGUUCCCCUUGUAUGCGACAUAGAUGCCGGCAACGGAACCAGCAACGGAGGCGGUGCCCAGUCCCGCCAACGGACUAGAAGGGCCAUUGCAUGCAAAUCCAGCUCGGACGACAUCCGAUCGAAAUUUUUCAGCAUACAACCGGUCCCUAGUAGUUAA